GUUGCAAACAUCUGCGCCCCUCGGCUGAUGCGUCUCAUUUGGAAUGAUGCUUAUGAUCCAAGCUCCACGCAGUUUGGUAACAUAGAAAAUCUGCGGUGGCUCGGCACCUACCCUUUUCGUGUAUAUGGAAAAGAUGACUAUGCCCCCAAUAGCUACUUUCUGAGGCUUCUGCAGUGUUUUGAGAUCAUCCCUAAUCUCAAAUUCAGGCUUAUUUAUCUUCCGCCCACGGAUCUACAUCAAGGCAUCCCUAACCAUCACAAUGAUCCACUUUUGUGUCUACACACGAAUCUACAUCAGGACAUUGCGAACCGGCAGUACUUGAUGGAAGACAUUACAAGGCUCCCGCAUAUUGCAGGCAUGUCCCUGGCUAUAACUCCCCAAGGACAUUCCAUUGGAGCUAGUGUGUUUCAUGUUCUCAGGAUGUCUACUGGUGUGAGAACACUGUGGCUUACACUUGUUGGUGCAACUAGCCGCCCCGAGGCGUGCUCAUCAGGUUGUGUUUGUGACCAGCCAUCAAACUGGAAAACCGAGGAUCUUGAGCUGAAUCGCCUGCAACAAGUAGAAAUCCAUAAAUUGAGAGGAACUGAACAUGAAGCUGCUCUUAUCAAAAGGUUAUUUGACUGGGCAACAAUGCUAAAAAAAAUGACAGUAACUUUUUAA